CAAACAUUUCCAAAAGGAAAGAGACUAUCAAAGGCCACAGAUAUAAUUGAUAACAAAAGAAAUAUCCAAAAAGUAAAUUAGAUUGAUCAAGAUGAUAAUAGGAGAGGAUCAACGAUCAUGGGCUGAUAUAUGUCCGGAUUUCUUGGAAUCCAUCUAUAGCAGACUGACGUCCCACGUCGACGGUACUCAUUUCGGCGGCGUAUGCAAGAACUGGCACCAAGUUCACUCUCAGGUUGCCAUUUCCAAUCCCCUGCCUGUGGUGAUCAUCCCUGCAAAAUUUUCCAGCUCCGACGUCAUCGAAGUGAGGGAGGGUCGGAUGUUCCUUCAACGACGUCGUGAAUCUCAAAUUCCAGAAGAGCUCGCAGGUGCAGACAUAACGAUCCUCGGGAGGGUGGGCGCGUGGUUCCUCAUACGAGUGCAUGGAGGGUUGCGGUUUUACAAUCCUCUACUCCAAAAACCCAAAAGCUGCAUCUAUCUUCCUGGAGAAAAGAGCUUCCGUUUUUCUAACUUCCGACGUGACCCGACACCACUCCCAAUCAGCUUCGCUUUCUCUGGAAUGCCCACUGCUCGGAACAUGAUGAUCCUCGUGGUGUAUGGGGACCGCUUUUUCAAUGCUUUUUCUCCUAAAAAUCAGAAAUUUGAGACGUAUGAUUUCUCCCUGGGUGGGAAAAAAGGACAACUUUGCCUCGGCGUGGGCUACAAAAAUGGAAGAUUCUUCUGCUUGUUUGAAAUGGGGGAUAUGUUGAUCUUCAGCGUAGACGAGAAUGAGACGAGGAUGUUGUUGGGCGCGACUAAGCCUCUGCUUCCUGAACAACUCCAAAUGUGUGACAAUUUGAGUGUUGUGGCAGUGGUGGCAGCGAAAAUGAAUGCUACGACGACGGAUGAGGUAGGAGAGUUGUUAGGGUUUACGGUUGUCACUCAUUGGGAGCGCGAUCAUGAGGCGAGUGAGAAGGAUAUCUUCCGACUGGUGGCAGUGGAAGAAAAUGCUAUGACGACGACGACAGAAUUGUUGGAGAAUGAUUAUGAGAUAGCAUCGUUGGAAGACGGAGACAACAACAGGGGAGUGAUUUUAGUAAGAGACCCGUUGCAAUUGAAGAGAAACGUCGAUGGCUACUAUAUGAUUAUAAUGAUUGAUUUUCUGGCAAUAGUUGUCUUUCUUGGUGCUGCUUUGCUUGGCAUUUCUUCUUCUUAUGGUUGAAUAAGAUUAGAGUCAAAGAGGUACGCUGGUUAAAGUUCUGAAAGUGGAAAGAUAUAAAAUCUUGUAAUAUUUGAAUUUUCACCUCCUUUAGUGAUGUUUGUUGCUAAAGAAAAUAUGAUUGAACCGUUUGAAUGUAAAGAAAUCAAUCAUGAUCAAUCCAUAAUAGAUCGGUAUUGGUCUGGCCUCAUAUACAUCGUUAGGGGUGUCCAGCAGGUGGUUUAUAUGAAUUUGGUGGGUUUAGAAGCACUCACUAAGUGGUGCAUGGAUGGAUGAGAAAAUGGAUCACACACAUUCAAGCAUUUAAUUGUAGAUUUGUAGGUGAAUUAGGUAGGUUGAUUGCAGAUUAUCGAUGUUUGGACGAAUUCAGUGGGUUUACAAUAUACAUUCCAAAUGAUCAUAUAAUUCCAAAUUUGUGUAAUCUUAAAAUUAAAGAAAUCUCCGAAUUAGAUAAAGUUUAAUCCAUAAAUAAUGUGCAUCGUUUAAUUUGACAUAUUAGUAAUUGUUCACAAAUCACAAUAAAAAUCCAACUAAUAAAAAUGAUUUAAGCCU